AUGCCUUAUCAUUCUCUGAAGUCGGCCGCCAUACUGGCGAUUGCGGUAACAUGGGUCCUUAUUACCUUGCUUGGUUUCCACCCAAUAAAAGCCGUUCGAGGCUUAUUUUCAUCAGAGACGAGGGUCGAGAGAUAUGAUUUUCAGGAAACCACGGAAGAGGCGGCAUGUUUCGACGGCAGCGAUUUGUCAAAUCCAAUCCCGAAUGUCGUUCACUUUAUUUGGGGAAUCCAGAAUCCCGAGAUAAACUUUAUCAACUACCUCGCGAUCCGGUCGGCGCUGAUCUCCCUCCAGCCUGAUACGCUGAAUAUUCACUAUGAAGAGCUCAACCUGGGCAAUGUCUGGUUCCAGAAGCUGCGGGAUAAUGUCACGCUCGUCCAUCACGAUUUGGCUCUCGAAUACCCGAAACAGACGCAAGAGAAAUGGCAGGUCAGCCAUCUUGCUGAUGUGCUGCGUCUAGAUAUUCUCCGACAAGAAGGCGGGAUCUAUCUUGAUACAGAUGUCAUUGCUCUCCAGUCUUUUGAUUCUCUACGGUAUAAUAAGAGAGAUGUUAUCCUAGGCCACGAGGGAGGGGAUCGUCACGGCCUCUGCAAUGCCGUCAUCGUCGCACGUCAAGAUGCGUCAUUUCUUCACCAAUGGAAAGAGAGCUAUCGUAGUUUCUCUGCCGAUGAAUGGAACUACCACUCGGUCAUUCUUCCGAAGCAAAUGGCGCUAGACUUUCCCGAUCUGGUCUGCUCGCUAGCUCCAACGGUCUUCUUCUGGCCAACAUGGACAAUAAAUCAUCUCGAAUUCAUGCAUGAGCCCAUCACCGCCGACCAGGCAAAAGAAGUGGAGGAUUCGCUGAGUGUAUAUGGCGGCGGAUUACACCGUGAUCAGCUGGCCUAUCACGCGUGGAAUCAGGUAGCUCGAAAGUAUCUGAAACUGCUGACGCCAGAAAUUGUUAGGGGCACGGAUACUCGAUUCAAUAUCAUGGUCAGGAGAUUCCUUUAG